AUGUCCAACCAGCAAGACCCCGGAUUUCUCGGCGGCCUAAGCGAUACCGUGGGCAAGACAGUCGGCGGCGUGACAAACACAGUGGGCGGCACAGUUGGCGGGCUCGGUUCAACCGUGGGCAACGCAACAUCAGGCCUAGGACAGACCGUCUCGGGUGCGACGGAGGGUGUGAGCAAUACAGCGAAGAGCGCAGGACAGGGGGUGCAGAGUGGUGUAUCUAGUCUCGCUGGACAGAAGCAAACCGGUAAUAACCCGGUUGGGUCGAAUAGAUAG